AUGAAUGAAAAUGAAUGGUUUAUCAUUUAUCGUGAUAAUUUUGCAUCUCGAUUCAUCAUGCUUGCCACAUUUUCGGUGCCGUUGCUCGGCGCCUACACCUCGGAACGGUUGCUGCCUGAUCUCAGAGAUGGUCGAUUUGCUGAUGCCAUUCGAAACACAGAUAUUGUUAAACAGAUGGGCGUUUUUGCUGCACUGCCGGUGCUGUUCUACUGCGUUGUGGCAUGCCUCGCCUGGCGUCUCAAUCAUCUUCGACUGCAUCGCAUCUAUGCAAACAAAAACGACCAGAAAAUUUUUGUGGCUGUUAUCUCUCGUUUUGGCUUCAUUGCAAGCAAGGUUGCAUUCACCAGGCAAAACGUACGAAUUUUGGAAAGCGCUGACCAUCCGUUUUGGUCAUACAUCAAAGGAUCGAUCAGAAUCAACAAGCGUCGUUUCGUGCUGCACGACCAGUAUUUCCGAGAUCCCAGGUACCGAUUAUUCCUGCUUGGUCGCAUAACGAAACUUCCCGAAGCUAGCUCUCGAUCGAAUUUGCCCCACAGGACAAUGAUGUGA